UCGCGGGGGAGGGCUGUCCUGCGUCCGCACGUCCCGCUAGCUGGGAGCAGGUGCUGCUGGACGGAACCCAGGACCUGUUGCUCAAUAACGCCUUUUUUCGUGGUUAUCCUGAGGUGUUUUUCUACUAACUUUGUUCCAGCCUUGUCACCGGCUUACGAUGGCUUCCCGUCACACUGUGCUGAUGCGGUUGGUGGCCUCGGCGUACUCUAUCGCCCAAAAGGCAGGAACGAUAGUCAGAGGUGUCAUUGCUGAAGGAGACCUGGGUAUUGUGGAGAAGACCUGUCCUACAGACUUGCAGACCAAAGCUGACCGCCUGGCACAGAUGAGCAUAUGCUCUUCACUGGCACGGAAGUUCCCCAAACUGACCAUCAUAGGGGAAGAGGCUUACUUGCAUACUUACCCAAAGACUGUAACACUGAAAAUGAAGGAACCGACAUUUCAUGUGAACGAGGGAGCAGAAGUGUCUCACGUCAGAUCCUUCGGAGAUCUGCCUUUCGAAGAAGUGGAUCAAGAGCUAAUCGAAGAUGGUCAGUGGGAGGAAAUUCUGAAGCAACCGUGCCCGUCACAGUACAGCACUAUUAAAGAGGAAGAUCUUGUGGUCUGGGUGGACCCUCUGGAUGGAACCAAGGAAUAUACUGAAGGUCUUCUCGACAAUGUAACAGUUCUUAUUGGAAUUGCGUAUGAAGGGAAAGCCAUAGCAGGAGUUAUUAACCAGCCAUAUUACAACUACCAGAGCAAUGAAAAGCAGAAGUUAAGGGAACACGAGAAUGAAGCAAAGGCAGGACCAGAUGCCAUGUUGGGGAGAACAAUCUGGGGAGUUUUAGGUUUAGGUGCCUUCGGGUUUCAGCUGAAAGAGGUGCCUGCUGGGAAGCACAUUAUCACGACUACCCGAUCCCACAGCAACAAGCUGGUUACUGACUGCGUUACGGCCAUGAACCCCGAUGACGUGCUGCGAGUUGGGGGAGCAGGAAAUAAGAUUAUUCAGCUGAUCGAAGGCAAAGCCUCUGCUUAUGUGUUUGCAAGUCCGGGAUGUAAGAAGUGGGACACGUGUGCUCCAGAAGUCAUUUUACACGCUGUGGGAGGGAAGUUAACGGAUAUUCAUGGCAACGCCCUUCAGUAUAACAAGGAAGUGAAGCACAUGAACUCCGCGGGUGUCCUGGCCACUCUGAGGAACUAUGACUACUAUGCAAGUCGCGUUCCUGAAUCGGUUAAAAAUGCACUUGUUCCUUAAAGGAACAUCUCCUUUACCUGGCUAGGAGGAGGACUCGGUUUCAAAAUAAUACAUUUUAAAACUAAUCAGAUGGAAUUAGAACUCUACCUUCAUUCAUUGUUGGUCAGCGAUUUACAUUUCGUUAGGAGUAGAAAAUAGAAUUAAAAAAUGUCUGAAUUAUCAACCAGA